AGAUACAGACAGCAGAUGGAAAAAACAAUGUGAGUGAUAAGUGAAAAUAUGGCUAAGUCCAAAAGUUGAGUUUCGUGAAAAUCCUUAUUUAAGAUAACACCAAUUUAUUGAAAGAAAAAAUAAUAAAUAUAAUUUUGGAAAAUGACACAUGUAGAAAAGCACCAAACCCGUACGGGGAAGGAAACCAUUCACUCGGGGCAUUUUAUGGUGUCACAUUUUGAAGCAGAAGAUCAGGAUGAUUUUGAUGAUUUGGCUGUUCCCGUGCCUGACGAGGAACAAACCGUUCAGAAAAAUACGGUGGUCGCAAUGUACACAGUACCUGGAUCUUCCGAAACAUACACAUUGUCUGAUAAGGAAGAAAGUAAACAACAUCAACAACUUUCUAUAGAAAUAUCUCUUACUAAGUUAUUCAAAUGUAUGUCUUUGGCAUACAGACAAAAACUAACCUCACCCAAAUGGAAUCGUUUCAAAGGUAUAAAACUCCGUUGGAAGGACAAGAUCAGAUUAAACAAUGUUAUAUGGAGAUGCUGGCACAUGCAAUUUAUAAAGAAACAGAAUACAUUUGUGUGUCAGUUCGCCUCUCCUUUAGACGUUGACACACACGUGAAACCAGAGACAACUAUAUUAGAGGGUAAAUAUUGGAAAAGAAGAGCAGAAGCGGUUAUAGCAGAAUAUAAAAAAUGGCGCAUGUUUCAUAUUAUGAGACUCCUUGGCAAGGGGGAUUCCUCAGUCCAGGACACGAUGUCGGACAUGGACACGGUGGAGUCGUUCUCGCAGUGCAGCGAUCUGGCGGCCAACAUGCUCACCGACGAGGACUACCUCAACUUCAUGAGUGACACGCUAUUCUCCACCAUCACAAACCACCAACCGUUCGCCUUCCCUGACUGCAGGGAGAUCGCCAGAGGAGCUGGUCUAGCUGAUUUCAUACAACCAAGCUUGGGUCCUUUGCAGCCUAAUCUUGAUGAUUUUAUGGACACACUAGAGCCUCUCCAAGACCUUCUAUCGAUGCCACGUCUUCCUCCUGUGCCCGAAGAGACGACCAUUCCAUCGGAGGACGCGUUGUACAGGAGCGGCAUGUCCGUAGAUUCUUAUAAUCCACAAGGUUAUAUUGCAGGCAGUCAGAAUACUUCUGCAGUCACAAUGCCCACCAGUCAGAUGAGCAUUCAUGGUACGAGUAACAAUACUCAGUUGAUGUCGAUGCCAGAACAAGUCAAAGGCGAGGAGAUGCGAAUGUAUGAUAAUAGCCGGCUGUUCACGCAGACCAAUCUGCCGAACAGCAUCAUUGGCGGCCAGGAGAUGCACUCCGCCUUCCCCCAGAGCUCGUACGAGCGGACGCCCGCGCCCCAACCAGACUGCGCCCCGCCUCUGCAUGCCAACGCCUUUGUGGCCAAGUCGCCUAGGGUUCAAUUCGUUGCUACGCAAAAAAUAUCGCCUCAGCCGGACGCGUACAAGUAUAAUGCAGGUAUACCGCCAUCGCAGACGGCGCCGGAGACCGUUUCUCUUCUGCAGCAGCCGGUGCAGAACACUAAAUAUGCUUCGACUAUCAUAAUUCAGGGUCGCAGCGGGUAUAGUCGGGAGAAGCCGCGAACGCGAAUAAAUCAUUACACGAAUCAAAUAGGCAACAACCAGUACCCGGCGUACUCGGCGAGCAUACCAGCGCAUAGCGCGCCGCAAACAGUGCACGGGACGGCGCAAGCGACGCACAGUGCGGCACAGGGGGUGCACAGUGCGGCACAGGGGGUGCACAGUGCGGCACAGGGGAUGCACAGUUCGGCGCAGGGGGUGCACAGUGCGGCGCAGGGAGGGCACAGUGCGGCGCAGGCGGUACACGGCGCGUCGCAGGGUUACGAGCCCCGGGCGCCCGCCGCGCGACCCCCCGCGGCACAGAUGCAGUACUUGCAGCUCAACCACGUAGACCCCUACAAGGCGAAGGCCGGACCCUCGCCGACGAACGUUCGCUCCUUCAAACUGCCCUCGCCCCCCUUAGCGCCUGCGCCAGCGCAUUCCCAGGUAGCGGCUAGCGGUUCCAGUUCUUCUGUACCGCGCAACAAGGAGCAGUUUCGGUCGCACAGUCUGCCGCUGGGCGCGCAGCUGAGCUCGGAGUGGGUGGUGAGCGCGGGCGGGACCGCCGAGCCGGCCGCCGCGCCCGGCCAGGUGCUCGUCGCGCCGCAGGACGCCUCGCCCGUCAGACAUACGCCUAGGGUUAGUGUUUCGUCUAGAGUACAAAGCAGUUUAAUAAGUGUCGAGGACAAAAUAAUGGUAACGAUGUGUGAUCAGACGCGCGAGACGUCGGGCGCGCUGCGGCUGCGGUCGAGGUCGACGUCGGGCGGUCUGGGCGAGCCGCGCCGCGUGCCGCCGCCGCUCAGCAGCGUCGCCUCCGAGCCCGCACUGCCGCAGGCCAGUGUCAUGCUCGCCCAUCUGCUCUCCGCGCACCACUCUCAAAACCUAUACACAAUAAAGGGUAAAGAUGAGGGCGCGGGGGGAAGUGAGCCCACCAAAUCUCCGAUAAGGAGGGCUCAGCCGUCGCCUAUUGAAAACGAUGUUAUGUCGCCGCAUCAGUCGCUUUCGCCGCCGGCGUCGCCGACGUCGCCGCGCGCGGGGUCGCCACGGGAGUCGCGGGAGGCGCGUCGCUCGCAUCUGCACACUGAGCAGAAGCGGCGCUACAACAUCAAGAAUGGCUUCGACACGCUGCAGACACUCAUACCGCACCUCAACACCAACCCCACCGCCAAGAUAAGUAAAGCUGCAAUGUUACAAAAAGGGGCAGAAUAUAUAAAACAGUUGAAAGCGGAAAGAAAUCAAAUCAAAGAGGAAAUGGAAAGUUUGCGAGCGCAAAUUGAUUGCUUGAAUAACUCCAUUUCCAACUGUCACUCUAUGCUGCCCGCGACUGGUGCGCCAGUGUCGCGCGCGCGCGCCGGCCGACUGCGCGAGAUGUUCGCGCGCCAUGUCGCCAACCGCACCAUGCACAACUGGAAGUAUUGGCUCUUCAGCGUGGUGAGUGCGGCGCUGGUGGAGUCGUUCAGUGCGUGUGUGUCGUGCGGCAGCGGCGCUGACCUCGUGCGCACCACACUGCUCUGGGCAGAGCAGCACUGCUCCCUCGUUGAGAUGCGUCCAGCGGUGUUGAACUCGUUGCGAGUGUUGUGCACUACGACAGACAUUCUGACGAGCCCCGAGCGGCUGCCGGAGGAGGCGCGCGCCGCCGCGGCCGCCGGCGCCGGCGUCAAGCGAGAGCCCACAUAACGCAUGCCCACGCCCACACCGCGCCCACGCUGCGCCCACACCGCGCCCACACCGCGCCCACACCGCGCCCACGCCCACAUCACACUCCAGACAAUGUGUAUACACAGACGCAGGGUAUUUAGUAAAUUGUAUGAUUGCAAAUUGUUAUACUACAAUACAUUCACAUGACCAUGCAAAUUUAUUUUAUAAGUAUCUAUGUUUUUGACAUAUUUUUCUAUUGUCAAACAAGGAUAU